AUCCCAGGGCCAGGAAUGUGCAGUAACCAGGCAGGCUGGGGCUCGUGACACCAGGGAUCUUCAUAAAGCAGGGAGACCCCAGAGCCAUGCCUGCUGGAUCAGGACCUGAGCAGCUCUGCCUGACACUGGGGCCCAGGGACUCACCUGCCCUUCUUAGAGAAGCUCAUAGCACAAUGAGGAGCCUCCGCUCUUUGCUCUGCCUUCUCCUGCCUCUGAGUGUCUGCUUUCCCCUGCUGGACAGAAGAGGACCACCAGACACUGGUGACAUUGGAGCCAGGAUGAGCUGGGCCCAGCUGGCUGAGGGACACACACCCCACUCAGUUCAAAGUUCGAAGCCACAGGCCCUGCUUGUGGUGGCCAAAGAGCAGCAGGCCUCACGCAGGGAACACACCGGCUUCCGUCUAGGGAGGCAGGACUACGGUAGCAGUGAGGCCGCGGGGUUCCUGCCCACUGACUCAGAGAAGGCCAGCGGCCCCCUGGGGACUCUGGCAGAGGAGCUGAGCAGCUACAACAGGAAGAAGGGAGGCUUUAGCUUCCGCUUUGGCCGGUGAGGGCCGGCGUGGACUCUGCCCUGUCUGACUGUCUAUUGUCGUCCUGGCCCCAACCUCAAGAACCUGGACCCGGAGAGAGUAUCACAGUGAACUAGUGAUCAAUAGGUGUGUGCCAUGUUUUCAUUUCCAACUUUGAUAAAGUGAAAAAUCUGAGUGGUGUUCAAAAAAAAAAAUAACAACAAAAAAAAAAAAAACCCAAAAAUGAACAUUCAAUACCGCCCCUUCACGCCCCCCAAAAACCCCUGCACACAGGAGGACCAAAUAUGUCUUGGUUAAUAAGACAAUGUGUCCUUGUCCCAACCCAUGACUCGGGUUGCUGUCUGUCUCAGCCUCUGUCUUCCCCCAGUGGCUGGAGCAGCCCCUGGCCCCCAGUGGCAGGGCAUUGAGGCUGUGAUGGGGCCGUGGAUACAACAGGCCUCUGGCUCUGUUGUUCACUUGUUGGUAGAUGGACUGAGAGAUUACAGCAGGAAAUCAAAGUUCUGACAGUCCCCAAAGGGUCGCCGGUAGCUGACAUCUGAAGGGCCACGGUGAAAGCGCAUAUUCCGCUGUGUAUAGAAUGUGAGUCUAAAAGCUGGAAAUGAAGGGGAAGAAAAUAACCCAGACACAAACAAACCCACAACAGUCAGUGUGUUCUCCAUCCCAUUAGUACAAGACGCCUCUGGCAAGAAAGCCCAGCAGUGGCACCAAGCUGCCCACUGAAUGGCCCGUGCAUCCCCUCUGGCUGCCCAUCACCUCUUGUUCAUGGUAGUGUUAGCCAACCUAAGGGCCUCAUGGGACCUAAACUCGGAAGGGGUGGGAUUUUUUUGUUUUUUUUUUUUUUGUUUUGUUUUGUUUUGUUUGUGCUGAGCAAGGUUGAGUUUCAAAUGCCCAAACUAGGAAUUGCCAUGUGUAUCUUUUGAAAUAAAAGUUGUAACAACUGCA